UCUCAAAAAAAAAAACGACCGACCAGUGAGAACUGAGGGCGAGAUGCAGAGUCUCCGCCGCCACCACCCAUGCUCGCCGGCGGCGCCGCCCCUGGACGACGACAACCUGCUCUCCGAGAUCCUCCUCCGCCUCCCCCCGCAGCCGUCCUCCCUCCCCCGCGCCUCCGCCGUCUGCAAGCGAUGGCGCCUCCUCGUCUCCGACCCAGGCUUCUCCCGCCGCUUCCGCAUCCACCACCGCCGCAACCCUCCCCUCCUCGGUAUUUUCGAUGAACGCUCUGGCGAGAUCUCCUUCCUACCUACUCUGGAUGCCCCCAAUCGUAUCCCGCCCGGUUGCUUAUCUUUGAAGUUCGACGGCGGCGACCGCUUCCUGCCCCUCGGAUGUCGCCAUGGCCUUGUACUCGUCUUCCACUUCAACGAAUCUUGGAAACAGAUCCUGGUGUGCGAUCCUGCCACCGCCGACCAGCACCGCAUUGCCUUGCCCCCAGGGCUUGCCACACUUAUGGAGAAGACCCCCUUCAAUGGAGCUGUGCUCCGGGCUGCCGGAGAGACCCACUUCCGAGUGGUCUUGACAGUGGCAGACAACGACAACAAGCAACACUUACGAGCUCUCGCCUGGGUUUACUCGUCAGGGACCGGCUUAUGGGGUGAUGUCAUCUCAGCACCGGUUCCACCUGAGGUUCCUAUGAGUGAGUAUUCCACCUUGGUUUUUAUUGCUAGGCAGCAUGCUGUGCUGGUUGGGGAUUCCCUUUACUGGAGGCUUGUUGGGGAUUUUUAUGGAAUUCUCGAGUUCGAUAUGAAGAAGCAAAGCCUAGCUGUGAUACGGGUGCCGGUGCAUAUCCUUGAAGAGGGCCAUUACAUAUUCUUGAUUGUGCGGGCAGAGGGUGGUGGCCUUGGUUUAAUCCUCUGGACAGGCUGCAACAUCCAAUUAUGGAAGAGGAAGAAUGAUUGUGAUGGUGGUGCUUCAUGGGUUCUUGGAAGAACUAUUGAACUGGACAAGCUACUUUUCCUGAAUUCUGAGGAGGAUGACAUAAAGAUACUAGGGUUCGCCGAGGAAAAUAAUGUGUUGUUACUGUGGACUGGUGGCGCGCUUUUUAUGGUCCAUCUUGAGUCACUGCAGUUCAAGAGAGUUUUUGAAAGCGUCCACAUUCCUCAUUGCCAGCCAUUUGAAAGUGUCUAUACUGCAGGUAUCUAGAGCUAUAUUUUGAUGGCUGAGAGACAGAAAUGAGUUGUUGGAUGUAGGUUCUUUCAUUUCGUAUGCUCGACGCGGACUCUCUACGUAGCAUCAUGGAUCAGCUAUGAAGUGGACCUGUUGCUCCCGUCUUUAUCCAAUUCUUGGGACAUUGAUCAAUUGGCAUGAAGAUUUAAGGCUCAUUGACUCGCUUUGAUAAAUCAGCACUCAGCUUGUGGUUUAUUUGAGUGGCUUUAUACUUUUCAAGCAAGUUGCGACGAGCUCACCUGUCAAUUGGUCGUGCUUGCAUCUUUAGUGUGCACGCCUUUGACUAUCUCCCGUGUUGCAUCAGGCGUUUAGAUUUUGAUGUCGGAUUGCUGCUUAUGUUCCGAUCCAUGACGUCUCAUUCUGUGUGUUUUAUGUUUAUCUCUUUGGUUUGAGGUCCAGUGUUUUAGAAUCUUGGUUCUGACUAAUGAAUGUUCGGAGAAGUUCCUGUACUGUUUGCUAAUGCAUAAAUAGCUCAAUCGCUGCUACUUUGAUUUCUUCGAGACA